AAUUUGAAAGGCUAAUGGUUAGUUGACGGCAUGGGCGGCAUUCACGUGAGACAUGUGCGAAUAAUUACACGAGAAUGGAUGCAAAUCGCAAAUCGAAUAAAGCGCGUAAGCGAACUUUGCAAGACGAAAAUGAAACGUCGGUAAAAAAAGCGAAGAUUAACGGCUUUGUCGAAGAAGAACAAGACCUUAAAUAUAGUGCAAUACAGCAAAAUGCAGAUGUUGAGGAAAAUGCAAAGAAUGUUCUUUGCAGUGAAGAGCAGAUUGAAUUUAAUGGACAAUCUUUGAGAACACUUUUGUCCUCUUCCACCUCUUUAGACGCUCUUAGGAAAUUUGUGACAAUAUGCAAAGAAAAUAAAGAAAGAAACCUCGCAGCAGAGUAUCUGAAUGCCGGUGGCAAUGUUCACGAAAUUUUGAAAUUAUUAGACUCCUCCGACAAGAACAUAAUCAACGCCGGCACUGUCUUCUCUGCAAUCAAUAUUUUACUUAUAAGGAUUUUAGCCGAAUAUCCUCAGUGCCAAAAAAGCGCAGUCGAAGCUUGUCGCUAUCUGCUCAACUCACACAUGUCCAUUGUACAUUCUAUGCUUUCGUCGAAAAGCAAUGUUAAACAGCGCAGAGUGGUAUUAAAACUGCUUGCAGCAUUAGUAUCUCUGGAUAGUAGCUUAGCCAGAGAACUGCUUGUUCAUUUAUCACUGCAGCAGCAGACGCUAGAAAGUUUAAUAGAACACACUAAGCCCAAGGAUCAGCAGAAUAUCAGGACAUGUUUCAUUCAUUUUGUUUUCGCAUUCCUUGUGGAAGGAAGCACACCAGUGAUACGAGCAUUGUUAGACAAACGUAGUUUGCUUUCCUGCAUUUUUGCAGGCAUGCUAUACGAUUCAAAGGAUGUUGUCUCCCUGAUUUUGACCACUAUAAAAACGUAUGUGCUGGAGAACACCAGUAUUAGUAAAACAAUGAAGCUACAUGUAUUCUCCACAUCUACUGUGUUAAAUCUAGUGUCUCUCUACAACUGGAAAGGUCCAAGUAAUUGGCCGAAGAACAAAAGUCAUGGCUUGGAUAAGAGUGAAGAUUUUUUAGCCGAUAAAGAAGUGGUUAAAGACAUAGUUCAUGAAUUCUUAAUUACUUUGCUAACAUCACAUCGUUAUGGAAUUGUUUUCCACGACUGGACAUUAAGUGGCUCGCGAAAUAAACACAAUCAGUUGGUACAUACGGUUCUCCAGAACUUGGAGAAACCUUGGGAACAUGAGAAGCCAUCGGAUUUAGUCAUUAAGAUAAUGAGAGCAUGUCCGGAUCUUAUUCGUUCACAAUAUGGUGCCGUUGAGUCAUUUCUUGAACCACGAGUAUCACCCAAGUGGAUUUGUGUCUUGAAAUUUGUAAAGAAGAUAAUUGAAUCAAUUGACCCAGCCAAUUGUAUUAAGCAAUGUGCGAUGGAACUGAGUGCAAACAAUACGAGCAUAAUAAGCACACUUUUGUACCUAAUAGUUCCAAGCGCGAUUGUGAAGAGCGCUAUCUUGCCGGGGUUAAAUCACGACAAUCUCUCCAUCAGACACGAGAGCUUGAAUCUUCUUCUAGCAAUGACUCGUCAGUUGAAAGCUAUUUCUUUAACUGCGAAAGAAUUCUACAAUAUAGCCGUAGUUCAAAAUCAGAUAACAAGUUUUAUUCUUAGGAAUGUUCCCAAUUUGGAAACAAUUCUGCAGAUGUGGAACCGAGCUUUCGAAAACGCUAACAUUGAAGUCCUGGAUAGUGUGGGAGAUGUUCAAAGUCCAGAAUUGAUAGACCAUCUUGACGUCAUCUUGACUGUUCUUCAUUCGUAUAAGGAUGUAUGCCCGGAAUUGUUAGAUGGUGUGAUAAAUGUACAACCGAAUGUAUUAUUAUCAAGCUUAAACAGUUUCCAAGAUGACGAAGGCAAUGGAGCGGAAAAAGUGAAUCAGAUGAAAAUCAAAGCGAUACAGUUCUUGCUUACCUUGGAUUCGUCCAUCUUCGCGCCUAGAGAGAAGACUUUCAAGGAAGCCCUUGUUUUUUUAAUAUCACUAAUUCGUCAAGAAGCGUCAUUAGAGAGCUACUCUACCAUUAGAACAUUAUUAAACACGACCGGUCUGUUUGAAACGUGCGAAGAGCAGUUGGACAUUUGGAUCAAUGGCUUUUCGGUAGCAACAAAUUCUGAAGAGAAUGAUGAAUUGAUACAAUGGUUUAUGUCCAUUCUAAAAAGUGCCAUUAAGCACACUGAUAAGUAUAUAAAUAGCAUGACACAAAUGGAAGGAAUGAUAGGCGAAGUAGGUGAUUUUGACGUCAAAAAAGCGGAAGAUGUAAUUAACGAACUGUUCGAUAAGGCCGAGAAAACUCUCAAUUCUUCCAAAGAAAAAUUUUCCACAACAGAAUCAUCUUUAAUCAAUAAACAAUUAGAUCUUGAUGUAAAGAAUAAUACAAUUAACGAUCAUGUCAGUAAAUUUAAUCAGGAAAACUUGAAAGGCGUUAUUAAUCACAAGCAUAAAACACAAAGGCACGAGCAAAUGACUAACUUUGAUACUAAAAAGAUGGAGGAUAUGAUUGAUAAGCUAUUUGGUAAGACAAAUCUCAAUAAUUUUUCUUCUGAUACCAAUGACAAUUUUGGUAGUAAGGUUUUCUCUCUUGAUUUAAAGAAAACCGAUGACAUAACGAAUAAUCUCUUUGAUAAGUCUGACGAGGGAAACCUCAGCAACUGCAGAAUGCAAGCUUCCAUGUCGAUAUCGCCGCUUUUAUGUUGUGCGCUUCAAAAGAUAAAUGAAAAGCAUUGCACGUCUAUUUUAGAUUAUUUAUCCUACGUGAUGAUACAUACUUUGCAUUAUCAAGUCAUCCCGAAUCUGUUGAUUCGUAUGGCAACGGAUUUGACUAAUUUGCCAGUUUACAAAUACGUGCAAAGUUGGUCAAGCGAAUCUAACAGCCAGCCAAUUUCAUUGAAGAACAAGCUUCCAUCGUUGAGAUUAUUGCGUAAAAUAAGCAGUAUGUUGCUGAAGGAUUCCAAAAUGGACACAACCGAACUUUGCAAGCUGUUUGGUGAUGGUCAUUCGACGUGUUGCUUCAAAUAUGAUGACAAGAUGAUCACCGUCAAUCAUUCCUUGUCGCUGCAUGAUGUCAAGACCUUGUCAAAGAUGACUGUGUUUUACUUGGCGCAGUUAGCGCAGCGAGGAAUCUUGCAGCAAGCCCAGCACGAAAACUGCAAAAUUAUGCUUAUAUCUUUAUUAAAUAUUGCGCACUCAAUGAAUCAAGAGAAUGUGGCGACACUCGAAGAAAACGCGAGAUGUGUAUUCACUCAUCCUAUUCUGUUACAUUAUUUCUCGCCGUUUUCUGAGAAUGCUCUGAAAUAUCCGAUGGAAAACAAGAUUACCGAAACUAUUCUGGAAGUUUCUGAAGUUGUUGCGUGUUUGUACGAGAAACAUAAUGGCGCAAGAGCUUUUAAUAUCUUUUUCGCGUUUAGAGAUAAGUUUCUUACGCAAUUGGAAAAUAUUAUUGAAAAAAAUUCUCUGCAAGUGUGCAGCAAUAGUUACGACGUCGCUAUUGAAUUACUCAAAAUAAUGCAGUUAAGCGCGCAAGAAAUUGAGAGCUUGCUGCUUGCUUUGACGAAACUGAAGAAGAUCGUAUUUAUUUCAGGCAAUAAGCAAGAUCUAUCUGUAUUCGGAUAUAUCAUUCCUAUAUUACUGAAUAUGUAUUGCAGCACGGAAAGAUCGCAGCGCGAUCAGUGUGACGUACUGAACGAACAAUUAGUAGAAAAGUUGUGUUCGUACUUGAUACAUUUGAAAUCCAAUAAAGUAAAUACAGAAAAAUGGGAGCAAGCCUUGGCAAAAUACUUGUCUACGUAUCCGCAUAAUAUUACCGGUGUCAGUACUGACACGUUCGCACUGUUAUUAACAAAAGGUAUUACUGUAUCCACGAUUCAACUGAUAACAAGUUUGAUUAUCAGAAACACCAAGUUGAUUCCGUCGUUAAUAAAAUGCUUCCUCAAGAUGGAGAAUGUGAAGCAAGGAGAUAUUGUGUUUCCAAUAUUGGGCAGUAAUUUGAAGUACGAGUGGAAUAAAAACUUCCUUGAGAGUCUUCACAAAUGUUACAGUGAUGAUAUUGCCGAAUAUUUAACCGAGCCGCAAAAUCCUGUAUUCUGGAUUGAAGAAAAUACAGCAGCGAUCGUGUAUCUCAUUGAGAACACUUUCGAUCUUGCUCUGUGCGAGAAAAUUUGUGAGAAUGUUUCUCAGAAUGGCGAUAAACUGAACAUGGUAUCGAUUUCUUUUGUGCAAUUGCUGGAAAGUCUGUAUAAGAGAUAUGAAAAUUUAAUUGCGAACAAAGAGAAGCCUUUAACGGAUUUGAUAAAGAUAUUGUUGUACGUGAUGACGUUGACGUUGAAGAAAGAACCAAAGAACAUCGAGAAGAUCAAAGUCUUAUGCGAAAAAUUGAACAACGCAGUGAUUCGUCUGAGAAAGAUUCAACGCGACUUUUUCUUCAGCUCGCUCAGCAAGAGCUACUCAUGGCCGCAAUUUACCAGAUUUUCUUUGAAGUUGGGUCUGAAGGAUGCUAAGGAUGAUGAAACCCAAUCAAAUAUAUUGAGAACCCUGAGCACUUUAUGUGAUAUCGCGUAUGAAGAUAAUGUCGAUGAGGAGUACGUAAAAACGUUAUUCGAAAUGACGACGUCUCAUUCGGAAUUUGUUAAUGUUAUGCUUGGAUCAUCCACUGUCAAAGGCGAUCUCGUUGAAUUAUUGAGGAUACUUGCUCGAAAGAAUCAUUCAGUUAUGAAUGCCUCGCACGUGCCUCUUUAUCUCGCAGCUUACAAUGCCACUCUCAGCCACGUUGAUCAGCGCAUUUUGCAAGUUCUUCAGCAUUAUGAAGCUUGUAAUGUUACACUCCAACAGUACUGGCCGUAUCUGUGGGGAAGUACUGCAGCAACGCGUUACAGUGUAAAGGGAGAAACGGACACUGCUCUCUGGAGGCAACCUUCCACUUCCGAGAUUUUUAACUUGUUCGAUAAGGACACUGUUAGCGAAACCAUAAGAAAUUAUCCCGUGCAUAGAGCAUUAAAAGAUGAUAAAUUGUAUGAGAAUAGCGGUGUGUACGAUCCUGCAUUUUAUCUGCCACUACUAUGUUCUUUAUUGUCAGAGAACAAUAUUGUUGCCUGCCAUAAAAUAAACCAGAGUGGCGCGUUAGCGAUAGUGCUAGCUGCAUGUUGCAGCGCUUCAAGCGACGUUCGAAUGACAGCGUACACCAUCAUUUCCAGAUACUAUUUUCAUCUCGAAGCAUCCAAAUCUAAAGAGAAGUUAUUAUGGAUGCGUCUGAUUGACGCUUUACGAAGUGGCAUUAUAUCCCUAAAAUGUCCGUUGAAGGAUGUCCGCCUGAGUUGCCUUACGACUACUUUCCUGGCUAGAACUUCACUGAUCGCCAGUCAACCUCUGCAUCCGCUUUACUCGCCGUUACACACCUUUCUGAUGGCCAAACCCGCAUUGGAUUUAAAUACUAUACCUGAACUAUUGCAAUUGCUACAUAGUUCACACGUGGAGCACAAAGCGCAUCGGUAUUGGAUUCUAGAGAACAUUCGUGAUGGCAUAAAGGAGGAAGGUGACGUAGACGUGGCCCUAAAAUGCAUGUUGUUCAAGAUGCUCCUAGGUUUUCACACUUGCAUACUGUCGGACGCCAAGACUAAGAAACUCAUCUUGGAAGUUAUUGCUUCUAUCACCAAGAUUUCCAAAGCAUCUUUACUUCUUAUACGAGGAUAUGGCGUGCUUCUUUGGUUGCAUCAAGUUGUCAAAAACUUGGACACUUGUGAAGCCGAAAUUGGCACUAUUAUCACGAUAAUCGAAAAUCUACUGAACAGUCUACAAAGCUUGACGGAAGACACCACUUGUUACAAAAGACUGUUGUUUAGCAUUCUUUUCCAAUUAAGGACACAUUUAAAAGAAUAAGCUGUAAGAUUUGCGUUAUUUAAUUAUACAUUUCUUGCAGUUUCCACGAUUGAAAUUAAAUAUGUAUAUAUUUUAGCAUGGAAAUAGAAAAUAAAAUAUAAGGAAUGUUAAACAAAUACCUGUAAUAACUUUAACACAUAGGCUUGAUUAAUCCAAGAUCAUAUUUCAAUUAACACAUAUAGUAUGAGUUCCGGAAGCUCUACAUGAUUUGCAGGAUUGUCCAAUUACAUGUUUGGAAAUGUAUGUGAGAGCUUUGCGAUUAAUUCCUACUUUAUUCCAAAUUUGGUUUCUUGAAACGUAAUGUGCAUCGAAAUUAAUACAUUUUAAUUAUGUUAGAAUGUUAGAAUGCAAAAGAUAUUAUAAAUUAAUGUGCGGAAAAUCACAAAUAUGUUUCGGUUCCUCUUCAGUUUAACAAAUUAUAAUAAAAAAAGAAAAGAAUUUAGAAAUUACAUGGAAAG